AUGUCGGCAAACACCGAUGAAUUCCGACGCAUAUCUACGAGUUCUCCAUUACAAAGGAAAAAAAGCAAUAACAAUCGACUUGCAGUCAGUUCCAUAGACAAUAUCAACCAAACACCAGCAGUAACCGGGUUGUCACCGCAAUUUCAAAUAACAGACGAACAGAGGGUAGAAAUAAAAGAAGCUUUUGACUUAUUUGAUAUAGAUAAAGAUGCCAUGCGUGCUUUAGGAUUUAAUGAGAAAAAGGCGGAAAUUCUCGAAAUUAUACGUAAAUACGAUAAAAAUGAUGAAGGAGUCAUUUCAUUUGAGGAUUUUGAUAAAGUUAUGUCAGAAAAAAUAUUAAAUCGAUCACCUCUAGAAGAGAUUCGUAAGGCAUUCCAGCUUUUUGAUGAUGAUAAUACGGGAAAAAUUUCGUUGAAUAAUUUAAAACGAAUAGCUAAAGAGUUAGGAGAAAAUUUGGACGAAGAAGAACUUCAAGCAAUGAUCAAUGAAUUUGAUUUAGAUGAAGAUGGAGAAAGUAUCCUUUCAAAUGAUAAUUUUAAAUAUUUUUAUUGCACAAUUCAAGUUAUAGAUUUAAAUGUCUUAAAUAUCUUGCCGGAAUUUUCACCAUUUACGCACAUAAAUUAUCCUUAA